AGUGAUAUGGACGAUAAUUCUAUGGGUCAAAAGGGAGUCAACAUUGAGACGAGAAGUCAACCUAGAUAUUAUCAAAGAUUUGGUCGAAUCGAAUCCUCUGCAUGUUGGUUUUUAACUUCAACUAAGUUCCGCAAAUGGCAAUGAUCUAUUUCUUGAUGCCCAAACUACCAUUAUUGGCCGACCUUCGUCCACUUCACUUUUCGGAAACCCUAGCCUAGCUUUGGUAUAAAGCGGACGCUCUUCCUCCCCUCUUCCGUCGCAUCACAGACAACAUUAAUUCCUCGCCCUGAACCUAUGGAAGUGGACUCCCUCGAAGUAGCAAAUCAGCUUCCCAGGCCGGCCACUUCAAAGAGGCAUAAAUGUUGUGCGUGCUACAAGCAGUACAAUAAAAAGGAGCAUCUUGUUGACCACAUGAGAGAGUCUUACCACUCUGUUCAUCAGCCGAGGUGUGGUGUUUGCCAAAAGCACUGCAAAUCAUUUGAAUCAUUGAGAGAACAUCUUUCUGGUCCAUUGGCCAAAGCCAAUUGUGCGAUGGUUUUUUCAAACAGAGGUUGUGAUCUUUGUUUAAAAGUUUUUGAUAAUCUGAGCUCCCUUAACGAUCAUCAAGAAACAUGUUACUUUCUUGCACCUCCUCCUCUACGACCAAUUAUGAUCACCUCUCCACAGUUUCACGAUAUGAUGGACUCAGUCGAAGGGGACAGAUCUAGGAGACCCAGUGCGAUUGCCAUGGACUGUGAAAUGGUUGGCGGAGGAAUUGAUGGAACACUUAAUCUCUGCGCUCGGGUGUGCCUUAUUGAUGAAGAUGAGAAUAUCAUUUUCCACACUUACGUGCAACCCCAGAUUGCUGUAACCAAUUACCGAUACGAAGUAACUGGUCUGACAGAAGAUCAUCUGAAAGACGGUAUGCCUCUUAAGGAAGUGAAAGAGAAGAUAUUGGAAAUUUUAUACUACCAGGAGACCAUUACCAGGGUGAGGUUGUUUGGUGGGAAAGCUCGGCUUCUGGUCGGACAUGAUUUAGAGCAUGACUUCAAGUGCUUGAAUAUGUGCUAUCCUGAUCAUUUACUAAGGGAUACUGCUAUUUAUCAUCCACUGAUGAAGACAAACUUAGUGAGCCACUCUCUCAAGUAUCUCACCAAGAAAUAUCUCGGGUAUGACAUAAAAAUGGGGGUACAUGACCCGUAUGAGGAUUGUGUCUCUGUGAUGAGAAUUUACAAGAGAAUGAGGGCCCAGGAACAUCCGAGUGAGCAAGGGCAUGGGAGAUCUCCAUCUGUUAGCGUCAAUGACGACAUUUACGAUCCAUGGAGAUUGAUCACUUCCCACAAACACAACCCAUUUUGGGAUUGGAGCAUGCAGGAACUGGUGGAGAUGUCCCCGGAUGAACUGUACAAGAUAUCGAGGUCCAACUACCAGUGCUGGUGUCUCGAUUUGAAUCGUACCACUGAUCUUCGUUAUGAAUGAUCACAAGGGGAUCCCUGAAUCUCGCGAUUGUGGGAGUGAUUCAUUAGCACGUUGCAUAGAGAAAUAGCUAGUUGCACAGUUUUGCAGAUAUAUACUGGUGCAUGUAAUUUACUGGAUUUACAUACGUAACGGUGAAGGUCGAAAAAUAUUUAUAAAAAAAAAAAAUCCUUGCGCA